AUGAGUUUUUAUCAGCCAUCCUUAUCUCUUUACGACGUCCUUGAAGCUCUUUCAGCACAAAAUGUGGACAGAAGAAGACAAGAGCGCCUUCAUCCUGCACGGCGUCAGCAUUCCGAGUACGCCGCGCGGAGACCAGCUUCAAGAUGGGAUAGCACUUCAAGAGCCAGGCCUUCCUACUACGCAUUACAGCCAGAGACCUCCUACUAUUACCCAGGCUACUCCUACGGGGAUGACUACGAUAUUAUGGCCGAAUCAAGUGAACAGGUCCCAGAGCAAUCUGAUUACCUUCUAGAGCUUCUCAAGGCUUUGGUGGGCCAAUCUAACACGCAGCAGGAAAGCGGCGCACCAGAAACAUCAUUUGAAUUUCCUGAUGACGAAGUUCUAACUCAAUCAAGAGAAGCAAUUGGAUCCUCCUCAGGGGAAGUGGGCGAUGACCAGUUUCCGGAAGGACGGCUCCAGGCUACACCCGAGGACAUUCAAGAUCUCUCGCCUAAUUUGAGAGCAGAGGAAAAUGUGGCCAAGCCAUCCGGCCUUCAUAGUUCUGUUUCAAAUCCUCCCGCUGGGGAGAACCCCGGGGGGGUUUCUGAGCUCGACAGGUCCGAAGCGGCUUCUCCAAUUCGCGAACCUCUUCAAGUCUCCAAGCCUCGAGGAGGGAUGGGCGUUCCAUUUUCUCCUACCCUCAAUGUUUAUGACACUCCAGAGUGUUAUAUGAUCGUCUUGGCACUACCAGGAGCAACAUCGAACUCUUUUAAAAUUGAUUUCCAUCCAACAUCGCACGAGCUUUCCAUAAAGGGGAAAAUAGAUAACAAGACGGGUCUAGACUCUAAACAUCUGCGUUUUUCCGAACUGAAGGAGGGGUUUUUCGAAAGAUCUGUUAAGUUUCCCAUCUUGCCUAGGAUCAAGGACGAGGAAAUCAGGGCAAAGUACUCGAACGGGCUGCUGCAAGUCAAAGCACCAAAAAUUUUGAGCAGUAAAGAGAAGCCCAAACCAAAACGCAGGAUUGUUAUCGAGGACCUUCCCGAUGAGGAGUUGUUAUUCGAAGGGAACCCCAAUCCUGAGCCUACAGUGUGA